AUUAAAUAUUUGUUAAAUACCUUAUUUAUUACCAAAAAUGAUACAUUCUUAAACAACUUCUAAACACAUAGUUGUGACAGCAAAUUUGAGACUUUAGUAAAAAAAGACAAAGAAACAGUAAAGAGAAACAUUGAAAAGUCUGUAUGAAUUAUGCAUGCACAAAUCGAUAACUUAUAACUGUUGGUGCUGCAUUAACUAGUAAAUUCUCCAGCUUUCAUUUCAAAAUACACAACCAAGAAUUAAUAGAUUUGUAAUCUUUAAAAGUCUGCAAACACUCAGAGAAUCCACAGCCAGUGUGAAGCAGAGCGCAACAUCUCCCCCGCUGGAGAGAGCCGGUUGCCCGGCUUAGCUGUGCUGUUCGUCAGCGCCGCAUCUGCCCGCUGUUGACAGAUUCACACGAUACUGACCGAGGAUGGGUGGCGUUUGACGGGAGUAAAAAAAAAACUCUUCCGAGUGUCCAAACACCUUUUUAUAAGUCUGAAGUCUGUCCCCUCCGCCCGACCUGUCAAAACCACGCCCACAGAGCCACACAAUUGGUCCGAAAGCGUGAAAGAGCCAAUCAAACGGUGCGCUGCUCCUCGUAACACGCAACACAUCCCAUACACUAUGAAGCCCUAUGGGCCACAGAGGCGCUAGGAAAAUCACGGAGCUGGGACCUUACCACCUCUUUCUCUCUUCCUCUCUCCGGACUCCUUUCUCUGCACACGUAUUCCUCUGAAAAAGUGUGUGCGCGCGCGGCAGAAAGAGGAGGAAUUAAGUGAGUGUGUGCGCAUCAGAGUGCAUGUCCGGAGUGCGUAAAGGCAGGGGGGAUUAUUCGGCGCUAUCGAAAUAUUUCAUCACGUCGCACUCGCAGCAGGACCGAAGCCAAUAAGAAGGAACGCUUUUUAAAAGGAAUGCCGAUAUUUUGAACGGCGGCGGAGGAGGAAGAAUGCGCCGCGGACAAUUAAAGUGACUCACCCCGGUGCGUCCAGAUCAACUAAUGUCCGAAAGCCAACAGGGGUGUCAGAAGAGUGUCAGCCUCCGAAGUGAAUCGGUGCGCCUCUGAAGAUUAAUGGAGAUCCUUUUUUUGCUUCUCAAAGUUUUCAUCAUAAACCUCAACGCCGGACUGUACUGAUUUCAGAACUUGUGAAAAAUAUUGGAUGUUUGUUUCUGUUGCACCAAAAGAGGAAUUCUGGUUUAUUUUAAAACUUUUUUAAUGAUUUUUUUUAUUAUUUUUUUAAAUCUUAUUUUCACUCCAAGUUACUGCUCUUCUUGAAAGCUUGCGCUACUCCAAGAAACACUGCGAACGAUCGUCUCCAUUUGUUGCCUGCACUUGGAUGAACUUCCUGAUGAGAGAUCCAGUCAUACAAGGCUCGAGUAUGGCAUAUCAUCCGUUUAUACCUCACCGGGGUCCGGAAUUUGCCAUGAGUGCAAUGCUGGGUCACCAGCCUCCGUUCUUCCCGGCUCUGGCUCUGCCUCCCAAUGGCUCCCUGUCUCUGCCGGGCGCGCUGGGGAAGCCGAUCAUGGACCAGCUCAUGGGAGCCGCGGAGACCGGCCUUCACUUCUCCUCGCUGGGACACCAGGCUGCAGCCGCCCACCUAAGGCCAAUGAAGAGCCUGGAGCCCGAGGAAGAGGUGGAGGAUGACCCUAAAGUUCACUUGGAAGCCAAGGAGCUCUGGGAACUGUUCCAUAAGAAGGGUACCGAGAUGGUGAUCACAAAAUCCGGAAGGAGGAUGUUUCCUCCCUUCAAAGUGAGGUGCACUGGUCUGGACAAGAAGGCCAAGUAUAUACUUUUGAUGGAUAUAGUUGCAGCCGACGACUGCAGGUACAAGUUUCACAAUUCGAGGUGGAUGGUGGCAGGAAAGGCCGACCCCGAAAUGCCAAAGAGGAUGUACAUUCACCCGGACAGUCCAGCAACUGGGGAGCAGUGGAUGUCAAAAGUUGUUAAUUUUCACAAACUCAAGCUGACGAACAACAUCUCCGACAAGCAUGGAUUUGUAAGUUCAACUAAUACUAUUCUUAAUUCCAUGCACAAAUAUCAGCCUCGCUUUCACAUUGUGAGGGCAAACGAUAUUCUCAAACUCCCGUACAGCACCUUCAGAACAUACGUUUUCCCCGAAACGGAUUUCAUCGCCGUGACUGCCUAUCAAAAUGACAAGAUAACUCAACUGAAAAUCGAUCAUAAUCCGUUUGCUAAAGGAUUCCGUGACACCGGGAAUGGGAGGCGAGAGAAGAGGAAACAGCUGGCCCUUCAAUCCAUGCGUUCCUACGAGGAGCAGCAAAAAAAGGAAAACGGCGCUUCAGACGACUCUUCCGGCGAGCAGGCCCCCUUUAAGUGCUUCGGCCAGGCCUCCUCCCCUGCUGUUUCCACUGUGCCCCCCCCACACCUAAAAGAUUUCUGCGACAGUGACGAAGACAGCGACGACGAGAGCAAAGAUGGACACAAUAAAGACGGACCGGACUCCAGCAAGAUCUCCACAACUACCGAAGACGGGAAGGACCACGAGGCCAGCCCGAUGAAGCAGGGGGGGAAUGCCCUCACAACCGACUCUGCCGGCAGGAUUCGUGAACGCGGCCCUAGAACUGAGAAAACCCCGGCAGACUCACGGCAGAGCCCCAUCACGGUCAUCUCCAGCACCACGCGCUCUGGGGAAGACCUGAAGAGCCCCAACCUGGACCAGUCCAAACCUGACGAGUGCAGGUCAAUAAACAAAGAGAGCUUCAUGCCUUUGACUGUGCAGACGGACAGCGCGCACUUGGGCCACAACCACUUGCAUAAUUUCGGAUUUCCACCAGGUUUAACAGGACAGCAGUUUUUCAAUCACCUUGGCAGCGCGCACCCGUUUCUGUUGCACCCCAGUCAGUUCAACAUGGGGGGUGCGUUCUCAAACAUGGCCGCGGGGAUGGGACCUCUACUGGCAGCAGUUUCCUCGGGAGGAGUGAGCACCAUGGACACAACGAGCAUGGCAUCGCCCUCCCAAAGCCUGGCGGGGACGCCGGGCCUGCCCUUUCACCUGCAGCAACAUGUCUUGGCAUCACAGGGCAUUGCCAUGUCUCCAUUCGGGAGUUUGUUCCCGUAUCCGUACACCUACAUGGCAGCGGCCGCCGCUGCUUCCUCCGCUGCCUCCUCCUCGGUUCAUCGGCACCCCUUUCUGAACGCGGUGCGGCCGCGCCUCAGGUACAGCCCCUACCCCCUCCCCAUGACGGUACCGGACAGCACGCUGCUCACAACGGCCAUGCCAUCGAUGGGCGGCGGCGGCGGCGUUGGCACCGAGCUUAAACCGGAUGGCCUCGUCCCUGCCAGCCCCGUGUCUGCCGUCACGCUGGAUUCCACGUCAGAAGUGACCAGCCACUCAUCCACGGUGUCAUCUGGAUCCGUGUCCAUGUCUCCAAAAGCGUGCGCGGAGAAGGAGGCCGCGAACGAGCUGCAGAGCAUCCAGCGCCUGGUCAGCGGACUGGACUCCAGCCAGGACAGGGCGCGGAGCGGGUCGCCUUAAGGAACAGCAUGAAAACGACCAGAAAGACUUUCAACUUCAUUUAGGAGGACAACUUCACAGAUUUAUUAAGGUUGAGGAAUAAAAUAUUAAAUGAAUAACUCCAAACGUCAACUUUUGGAUUUUUUUAGUUUCUGAGAUGCACUUUGUUUAAUACAAAUGUAUAUUUCUUUCUUUUUCUUUUCAUUGUUUCUCUUAAAUGAAACCCUUCCCCUCUGUCAUCUGAAUACCAUACAAGUAUUGAAAGGAGGCGCUGGUGUGUCUGUGACUUUGGAAAGUUUGGAAAAGUUGCUGCUCUGUCCUUGGAUUUUCUUUAAGGAAAAAAAAAGUAUUUGGAACAUGCACUCUGAAUCGAAUCUUUGACCUACAAAAAAAUAGACUGCUGUAUUGUGUUGGAGCUUUAUGAACUGAUUGAUCGAUCGGUUGUUGCAUGUCCUCUGAAUCCAGGAGGUUCUUUUAAGAAGGAAACAUUUAGAAAAAAAAGGUUCCAAAUUUAAAAGUCAUUUCCCAAUUUCUUUUUUAAAUUCAUUCAACUUCUUUAUGGAAAUAAAAAAAAGGUCUUAAGGAAUGACUGCUGGGCCAAAUGUGCCCAAUCAUGUGGAUUUGAACCGGCAAAGGGAAGCAGACAUCUAUUUAAAAGAAAAAAAACGAAAAAUAAAAGUUACUAUUGAUAAUUUGAUUUGUGUAAAUAGGGAUAUAUCAAAUAUUUAUGUAAUUAUUUCAUAUUGGUAUUGCCUGUACAUACUAUGGAGUAGUUUGUUUUUAGGGAUCAGUUCUUAAUUUAUUAUCAAUGUACCUGUGUAAAAAGUUUGUGGAUUAUUAUUAUUCUUUGUUUUUCCCCUUUACCGUUUAUAUUCAACUCUUUCAAAAAAUAUAUUGUCUUUAUGCCCCCUUCACAUAAAAAAGAAAGAAAAAAAAACACCUCAGCUGUAGUUAUUCACACUUAUGUGCCAUUGUAUUUUCACCUGUUCUCCCUGUGUGUGAAGUGCUACUGUUUGAAACGAAUGAAAAGGCGACAACGCACUGCACCCGUGGCUUGAAAAUAAAAAAAUAUAUUUUUUCUUUUGGAAAAGUGUCGUUAAAGCGUAACGAACAUGGAUCCCCCUCCCUCCUCUUUUUUAUUCCACAUUUUGCGCACCUGAUCGUCAUAGUGCCGCAUAAUCGAUACAAAUAUGAAGGUUUCUUUUUGUCUAUCUUAAGUUGUCAGUGGGUUUAUGUUGUACCGGAGUUUUGUCUAGUUUACAACAUCGACAUCGUGUGGUUGAAAGUUUCAAUAAAAACAUUCAAAUGCUGUUUUUUUAGUGCAUCAAUCUAACAAAAAUAUUAAUUUGUCAAAUUUAAAACCAUCCGCAUGAAAGUUGAAAUCUUAUUCAGGUAAAAUAUUUUGUUCUUAAUUAUUAAAUCUCUAUUAAACUAGAGUGUUCAUAAAAUAAAUGUUGUAGUCGUUUUUUUGCUGUCCCACUCAGAAUAAAAUCAAAAUUGAUUCAAGCGCAAAUGUGAGAGUUAGGUUUAAAAAUGAAAGUGCAAUUUCUUCUGAAGUGGAUCCAAAAUAAGAUCCAACUUCUUUUAUGAAAUUAAAUUUUGAAGGAAAAAAAUUCAGAAAGCUGAAAAACAAAAGGAAAGUUACUGUCGGUCAGAGUGAGAAAAAGAAAAAAAAAACUCUUUCAACUGCACACUCAGUCAAGAGUUUAUCAAGACCAUAUCUGCAUUUGUAUAUCUUCUGAUUAAUGUUUAGCCCGCCUGGCGCUGGUGAAUAGGUGUAAACAUGAUACAAACUGUCUCAAUUGGUCCUCCUUAUUGCUCACCUGGCGCCUUGCGCGGGCAUAUCUUCCAUUUUAUUGCACGGAAGGCGACAAUGCGUCUGUAAUCUUCCCAUAAUGCGACGCCCCCAAGCGGCAGCAGCCGCGGCUUUAUGAACCCAAAAGGACCAAAGCGCAAACAGAGUGUAAGCGCAGGCGGUGAUGGACGGAUAAGAGAGGUUGACCAACAGUUUGACUUUGUCACAGGGCUGCUUAAAGUGUAAGAUAAGUUUUUUUUUCCUUAAAGCAAAGACAUGUUUUUUAGUCUGCGUGGAGGAUCAGCGCUUCUGUGCACCUUUCUGCCUUUCAGGCGCUCAAAAUAAAUUACAAUGUCAGGACAUCUAAUUAAAAACUGAAAUAAAGCAUUUUAAAUCCU